GCCCACAUCGUCCGUGUGCCGAUCACGGCUCGGAUAGUGGGUGCCGAAGAGUACGACCGCUUGGAUGCAGAGUCGAUGGCACUGCACGGCCGGCGGAUUGGGCGUCACCGUGAGAAGUCGGAGACACACAAGCCAGGACCGGUGCAGCUCAUCACGGAGCCAAGCUACUGCAAGAAGGUCAUGGGCCCCACGUGGCAACCUCCCCCUGUGGAGUUCGAUGACCUCCCGGCGACAGAGCUCUUGCGUUGA